CUCUCACUCUAUCACUUCACCUCCCACUCAACUCUCGUCUCCUCUCCUCCCCUCUCAUCGUUCUCCUUCCCUUCUUCCGUCCGCCCCCUGCAUUCCUCCACUCCCAUUGCAUUCCUCCACUUUUCCAUCCGUCCAUCCUCUUUCCCUUGCAAUUCCUCCCCUGUUUUUGGUUUCUCUUCCUUUCUCUUCCCAUCUCGGCUUGGGAGGGACCACUUGUUCCCCCCUUCUUAACGACAAGCAAAGAAACACUCGAAGAAAUGGACAAGAAGCUUCUGCUCCUCUUCUUUAUCUCGUUUCUCUUGGCGGCCGCGGCCACGGCCACCGCCAAGUCUACCAUCGAACCGUGCACAGGCGGCAGCUCGUGCUACGCCCUCCUCGGCUACACCCUCUACGCCGACCUCAAGGUCUCCGAGGUAGCCGCCCUUUUCCAGGCGGAUCCCCUCGCCCUCCUAGCAGUAAAUGCCAUCGACGUCUCCCUCCCCGACGUCGAGAACCGCAUCCUCCCCUCCGGUCUCUUCGUCCGCGUCCCCGCCAUCUGCUCUUGCUCCGGAGGAAUCCGCCGAUCCAUCUCGACCCGCUACACUGUCCGCCCUUCCGAUACACUCGCAUCCAUUGCCGCCUCCGUCUAUGCCGGCCUCGUCUCUGCCGACCAGAUCCAGGAGGAGAACACUAUAUCCGACCCAGCCGCGCUCGAUGCUGGCACCCCCCUCGCGGUUCCUCUCCCCUGCACUUGCUUCAACUCCACCGACAACUUCCUCCCCGCUGUCUACCUCUCCUACGUUGUCCAACAGGGGGACUCCGUGCCUGGCAUUGCCUCCCACUACGCCACCACAGUAACGGACAUUAUGAAUGCCAAUUCCUUAGGAAGCCCUUCCAUUCAACCAGGGGACAUUAUUUCCAUCCCACUUCCAGCAUGUUCAUCAAUGUUCUCCAAGAAUGCAACAGAUUAUGGUUUGACUGUGGCUAAUGGGACUUAUUUCAUAACGGCAAGUCACUGUGUGCAAUGCAGUUGUGGACCAGGAAAUCUCAAUCUGUACUGCACACCAGCAUUUGUAGCAGCAUCAUGUUCUAGCAUGCAAUGCAGUAACAGCAAUCUUAUAAUAGGGAAUUUUACUUCCCAGCAAACUAGUGCAGGUUGCAGUGUUACUUCUUGUGAUUAUAGUGGUUUUGUUAAUGGGUCUAUCAUCACUGCGUUAACUACAUCUAUCGAACCCCAAUGUCCUGGGAUGCAUCAACUUCCUCCAGUUAUAUCCCCACCAACUGCUCUAGAGCAUGGUUCAUUUUUCUCUCCAUCACCAUCUCCGGUGGCCGAAUCAGGUGGUACUAUCACAAACCCAAGGUCGUCAAUGCCUGGAACAUUUUCUCUUCCUGGUAUUUCUCCUGCGUCUGGUCCAUCUGGAAGCUUUUCUGAUGCUAUUGUUAUUAGACCUUUGUGCCACAAUUUGGAUAUGUUGGCCUAUUCCUUGUUUGUGUUCAGCCUCCUGUCGAGUGUUUAUGGCAUUUAAAAGACGUGUAUUUGUGUGAAAGUUUGCUUUGGGAAUUCCACUUUGCCAGGGACUAAUUUCUUUUUUCAUGUAUCUCAACAAUUAGCUGCAAUAUAUCUCCAUUGUUUGAAUGAAA